AUUCCUACCGUCACCUGGACCCCCAGCUCCCCACCUGGAGCAACAGCGCCUUCCCGUCAGAUAUCGCAUGACCGCUACGAGCAAUCAAGAUUACACCAACAUCCCAGAGUCCGAUUCAGAAAACGCGGCUCUUAACCCUAACCCGGAACCAUGGGCACGACUACGAGAUGGAGGAAGCUUGACUGUUCAUCCUGAUGGACGUUCGUAUAACUAUUCCUAUGGUCCGAAGGGUCUAGCUGGACUGUUUAGCAACCAGUACACGCUUUGGUGUGUGAUAUUUGCGAGCAUUGGAGGCCUGAGUUUCGGGUAUGACCAGGGCGUGAUUGCUAAUGUCCUGGUAAUGAAGGACUUUACUGAGCGCUGGCCUAUAUCGCCCUUCCAGGAGGGUCUUAUGACGGCUAUUCUGGAGCUCGGUGCAUUGACUGGUUCUGUGUUAUCAGGAAUCUUUGCUGACCGGUGCUCUCGGAGACUUUCGAUAUUCGUUGCAUGCGUUGUAUUUUGCAUAGGUUCUGUAUUCCAAUGCGGCGCUUGGAAACUGUAUCAUAUAUUCAUUGGACGUGCCGUUGGGGGAUUAGGCGUAGGAGCAUUAAGUAUGCUUUCGCCCUUAUACAUGGCAGAAAUCAGUCCUCCGGAGUUGCGUGGAUCUCUCAUGGCCUUGGAACAGUUUGCCAUCGUUUUGGGAGUUGUAUGCGGAUUUUGGAUUGGGUUCUUCACACGUUCCAUACCCAGCUCAGCAUCUUGGCGCAUACCAUUAGGUAUUCAGAUCGUUCCUGGGAUCAUCUUAUGUGUCGGAUGUCUAUUCCUUCCUGCAUCACCUCGCUUGUUAGUUCUUCAGGGCAGGUACGAAGAAGCUUUAGCCAGUUUGGCGAAGCUGAGACGGCGAACACCCAUAGAAGCCAAGAGGGAUCCUUUGAUUCAGAUCGAACUUUUAGAGAUGCGCGUUGAAGCUACCCUCCUCCAGCGGAUAUCUCCCAAUGCUGACGACUUGAAACCUCAUGGAAACCUCGGAGAGCUUGGAUCCUGGGGAGCGCUCUUCACAAAGAAGUACCGAGCACGUACAGCUGUUGGCGUGCUCAUGAUGGUAUUUCAGCAAUGGAGCGGCAUCAACGCAUUACUGUAUUAUGGUCCGAUUCUUGUCAAGAGUAUUGGACUAUCGGGAGAAAAAGUCACAUUGUUAGUUUCCGGAGGCAUUGGCGUUGUUCAAUUCUUCGCAGUCAUACCCGCCAUCUCACAGAUUGAUCGAAUCGGGAGGAAAUCCCUGUUGAGAGGCGGAGGCGCAGUAAUGGCAUGUUCGCACUUUGCCAUUGCCAUUUUGAUCCUUCUGUAUGGCGCGGAUUGGUCGUCGCAUUCCAUUGCAGCUUGGCUUGCGGUAGCGUGUAUUUGUACGUUUACUGCGUCCUACGGUGUCUCCUUCGGUCCCAUCGGAUGGGUGCUUCCAAGCGAAGUCUUCCCGCUGUCUAUACGGAGUAAAGGCGUCGCGCUGUCCACGGCCUCGAACUGGACCAACAACUUCCUUAUCGGGCUGGUGACACCGGUACUUGUGGAGUAUUCUGCUGCCGGGACAUUUAUGAUCUUCUCGACUGCGUGUUUUCUUGCUUACUUGUGGGCGACAUAUAGCGUUCCUGAGACGGCGAAUGUAUCGUUGGAGGAGAUUGAUGCUGUCUUCGGCACGUCAUCAGGACAGGACGAUGAAUUAGUUCGACAACAGGGAGAGGUGGGAUUACGUGAAAUUAUUAGAGAUUUUGCGGAUACGUGAGGCUUCUGUUUUAUGUUCUAGAUAUAUUGUAGCGUAACAGUUGUAUAAUUUGGUUGUUAAUGUGAAUAUUUUGUUCAUAUAAUUCAGCUAUACAUGAU